AUGCAGACUCAGACGCUCGCCGAAAACAAAACUCUUCACGAGGACAGCGCUCGUGGAGGCCAGCGGGAGGGCGAAACUUCGCCGCAGGCUCGCCGCCGCGCGGCCACCGAAAGGCUGACGAGCAAAGUCCACAGCGCACGCGGUGACAAGCCGUCGUCUUCGUCAUCAUCGUCGUCCAAUGACCGGCGCAAGGAAGGCUCGUCGUCGUCGUCAUCAAGGGAGCGAGCGGACUCGCAGAGGCGAGAGGUGACAUCGACACGGGACGACAGCGUGCGACGCGAUAGCGCGCGGGAGGAGGCCGUGCGGCAGCGACGCCGCGAGUUCAAGGACACCGGCCGGUCCAACUCGGAGCUCACCAUCCGCUACCGGCCGCUCAAAGAGAUGCGCGAGCACAGCGGCGGGGUGAGCAGCGGCCCGUCGGCCGCGGUGCGCGAUCUGCGGGGUGGCGGCGGCGACCGGGCGGUCUCUGGCAGGGGCGGCGCCACGUCAUCGACGUCGGGGUCGAGCGUGGCGACGUCGAGCGGCCGCGACGAACGAAGCCGCGCACGAGGCCUCGCAGCUCCGAGGGACAGCCGAGACCGCGACAGAGAUCGGGAGAGGGACCGGGAUCGAGAAAGAGAAAGAGAGAAGGAGAAAGAACGAGAGCGGAGGAAGGAGAAGGAGCGGCGAGAGCGCAAAGAGAAAGAAGAGCAAGAGCGAAAGCGAAGAGCCGAGAAGGAGGGAAAGAGCGAAGGCGGAGAAAAAGAAGAAGAAGAAGAGGAGGAGGAGGAAGAAGACGAUGACGACGAUGACGAAGACGACGAGGAGGAUGAGGAUCUCUACUACGAUAGUGACGACUUGAUCGAAAGAGAUGAGCACGGGAAUCCGAUAGAACUCGAUUACGAUGAUGACGGCAACCUGAUAGAGCCGCAGCCUGUGGUAGUGGAGGAGGAGAAGGAAGAGGAGGAGAUGCAAGAAGAAGAAGAAGAAGAGGCAGAAGAGGGCAACAACAGCAACACGUCAAGCGACGAGAGUCAGAUGGAGGAGGAUGGCAGUGAUGACGAGGAAGAAGAUGAGGAAGAUGAGGAUGAGGAGGAAGACGCUGAAGAAGAAGAUGACGAUGACGACGAAGAGACCGACGAUGGCGACGAUUCUGACGAGGGCGUGGCGGGUGGCCGUGGCAAGAUGAUGGACUACGGCAACGAGGACACGGACGACGAGGUCACCGACGACUCUGAUGACGACGACCAAAACAACGCACGACGGAACCGUGGCAAGCCUCAGAGGCCGGUGAUGGCUCAGCCGGCGGAGGUCGCCCCUCCAGUCAGGAUCUUUUCCUUUGGUCGCAACCGGUUAAAGGAACGGAUGGCGCUGAGGACCAGCGAACCACCAGCGACCGGCAGCGAGUUGGUCACAGGUGGCCAGGAGCCCGAGGGUCAGCAGGCCGACCCUGCCGAGGCUGCGGCUGAGACUGUGGUCAUCGGCGAGGGAGAGAUGGUGGCUACCACCACCUCGGCGGAGGCGUCUCCUGCCGCCGCAACCCAGGCCAACAGCGAACCUAGCGCCUCCGCGACGGGGUCCAACGAGGACCAGGCGGUAGAGGCUGGAGAGAAGCCCAGCGCCGGCGGCGCAGAUGAGCCCAGCAACCACACCGCGGUGGAGGAGGGACCCGAGGGUGAGAACUACGGCUGCGUUGUGCUGCCUGAUGGCAUCACCGCGCCACGAUGUCGCCUGUGUUGCAUGUGGAAGGCGGAAGCCCCCAGCGGCAAGCCCCACACCUGCAAACCGGCAUUGCUCGGGCACCUGUUUGCCCAGUGCCCCACGAAGAACAUGCGCUCCCACAUCAGGGAGCAUUCCAUCGUCAUCCACAGAGGCGACGCCGCCCAGAGAGGACAGCUCAUCGUCGGAGAUGAUUCGAACAUUGGCCGGCCCAUGCAGCGCGGCGAGCGCAUAGUGCUUCGCCGUCGGCCGCUGUCGGCAAGGAAGGAAGGCGAGAAGGGCCGGAGCAACUCCAACCCCCCAUCACCUACCUCCACCUCCACCUCCAACGCCACCGCUGUCGCUCCCCUGGCCGGGCGACCGUCGUGGUACACGUUGCAGAAGCAGCGGAGAGCGGGGCCGCCAAACCCACGACCCUCCGGCGAUGCCACGCUUCCGCCACCAAGGCGCCCGACCGGAGACCUUGAACACAGCACCUGA